CCCACACUCCCGGAACAGGAAGUACCUGUGUGUUACUUCGGCUGCUGACGUUGGUGCUAUUCAAAGUGACGAUGGCGUUCACAGAUCUGUCCCUCCUGGACCUUACAGAUAAAGAAACCCGGGAGAAACUGUCGUUAUGGGAUCGUCGCACUGAUGCCAUGGCCCCCCUGUCGGAGAAUCAAAUGGACUCUAUCCUGGAGAUCCGAGGCGCAGCUGAGGCUCUCUCGAUCCCGUCUGAGUUGCCUAUUGAGGACUUGUGCAGCCUUUCGUCCAGGUCACUACAGUCCACUUACACAGCGACUAUCCCCGCUUCAACUGAGGACGUCCUACUGAAAGGCUUCCAAACCCUGGACAUGGAGAACGACAGGAUAGAAACUGCACAACAGUUUUUUGCCUGGUUUGCCAAGUUACAGGCAAAUAUGGACCAGGAGGAGAGCGAAAAAUACAGGAAAACCAGAGAUGAUCUAAACUGCUACCAGGAGCAAUGUGAUGCUAUUCUGAAAGAUUGCUGUGCUGCUCUGGAGCACUUGGACUCUCUUCAGAAACAGUAUCUGUUUGUGUCCAAUAAGACCGGUAACCUGCACAAUGCCUGUGAAAAGCUCCUGAAAGAGCAGUCAGAGCUGGUCGACCUUGCGGAGAGCAUUCAACAGAAACUGUCAUAUUUUAAUGAGUUAGAAAACAUAAACACGAAACUGAACUCACCAGCCUUGUCUGUAAAUAGUGAAGGCUUUAUACCGAUGCUGUCCAAACUGGAUGACUGCAUUGAAUAUGUGUCCUCACAUCCCAAUUUCAAGGACUAUCCUGUCUAUUUAGCCAAGUUCAAACAAUGUCUGUCCAAAGCUAUGCACUUCAUGAAGAUCUACAUCGUAAACACGUUGCAGAAUCUUACAAACCAGUUGACGAAAAGGGAUCCCAUGGGUUUGACAAAUGCAGACAACGCCUUCACACUGUACUAUGUCAAGUUUAGAGCAGCUGCGCCCAAAGUCAGAUCGCUGAUUGAGCAGAUAGAACAACGAGCAGAGAAAAUUCCAGAAUACCAUCAGCUCCUUGAUGAAGUCCAUCAGUGCUACCUCGAUCAGAGAGAGCAGCUCCUCAGUCCCAGCAUCACAUCCACCAUUACUGACCUUACCAACCAAAACAGCAAAGACCACUGCGCCCUGGUUCGCAGUGGCUGUGCCUUCAUGGUUCACGUGUGCCAGGAUGAACACCAACUGUACAAUGAGUUCUUCUCUAAAUCUACACUCAAACUCGACGAGCUGCUGGAGAAGUUAUGUUUGUCCCUGUACGACGUCCUCCGGCCUCUCAUCAUCCACAUCAUCCACCUGGAGACGCUGUCAGAGCUCUGCAGCAUCCUCAAGAACGAGAUGCUGGAGGACCACGUGCACAACAAUGCCUCUCAGCUGGGGGCCUUUGAUGCGGUGGUGAAGCAGAUGCUGGAGGAUGUCCAGGAGAGGCUGGUCUACAGGACUCACAUUUACAUCCAGACUGAUAUCACAGGCUACAAUCCAGCUCCAGGGGAUCUGGCCUAUCCUGAGAAGCUGGAGAUGAUGGAAAGAAUAGCUCAGAGCUUGAAGGAGGAGCAGAUGAAGCAGAUGUCACAGGAGUCCAUGUUUUCCGAUGUUCAGCUCGAGGAUCCUGACGGCAAAAGAAACAGUAAUGCCGGGAAUGUAGAAGCAUCAAGCAUUCAGACGUCUAUCUCUCCUGCUGAUCUGCACGGCAUGUGGUACCCCACUGUCAGACGAACGCUGGUUUGUCUGUCCAAACUCUACAGAUGCAUAGAUAGAGCAGUCUUCCAGGGUUUAUCUCAAGAAGCCUUAUCUGCCUGCAUCCAGUCCCUGCUUAAAGCCUCAGAUAUCAUCCUUAAAAGCAAGACGCAAAUAGAUGGGCAACUUUUCCUGAUCAAGCACCUGCUGAUAAUGCGCGAACAGAUUGCCCCAUUUCACACCGAUUUUGCCAUCAAGGAAAUCUCACUGGACCUGAAGAAAACGCGAGACGCUGCCUUCAAAAUCCUCAACCCCAAGGCUGUUCCCAAAUUCUUCCGACUUAACAGCCACAAUGCCAUACUUGAAUUCCUGUUGGAGGGAACUCCAGAGAUAAAGGAGCACUACAUCGACUCAAAGAAGGAUGUGGACCGACACCUGAAGUUCAGCUGCGAGCAGUUCAUCCAGCAGCAGACUCAGAUCUUUGUGGGGAACCUUGAGGAGUUUCUCACCAAGGUUGCCGCUCUGAAAACCAUGGCUAUCCAAGGGGGUCCCACAUACAGUCUGUCUGAGCAACCUUGGGCUCAACCAGCAAAGAUCAACGAUAUAGUGAUGGCUACCUACCGGGUGAUGAAGAGCAAGCUGCCAAGCACUUUACAAAGCAUGUCCUUGUACUUAGCCAAUAGAGACACAGAGUUCAUCCUUUUCAAGCCUGUUCGGAAUAACAUCCAGCAGGUAUUCCAAAGACUGCACGCCUUGCUUCAGGAGGAAUACAGCGGAGAAGACCUUCAAAUCAUCGCCUGUCCAUCUCUGGAGCAGAUUAACCUGCUGCUGUCUGUGAAUAAGUAAUGUGCAAGUUUGGCAUACAUGCUUUACUGGUGUACACCUCCUGGAUAGCAAUUGGAUGUUGCAACUCCAGCCGUAACAGGGAGCUUGUGAGGCUGAGUAGGCGAGAUGACCAGAGAAACUGCAAGCCGGACUGGAAUCGCUGAACGGAUGGCAUUAAAAAAAGAUCCCGCUGCACAAGGCCAAAGACUCCCUGACAGAGGCUCAAGUGGCUCCUGGUGUGUAGAGGUUCAGGUAUUCAUCUCCAAGUCCAUAACAAACUGGGAGGAGGAGGAGGGUGUUAUUUUGGGUACCCAGUCCAUUUUAUUUGAAGGUGGUGUUGUGGUGAGGGUUGUGCUUGUGUAGGAGAAAUCCAUUAUGACAAGGGUGGAUUUGUGCAUUUCUCUUAACACCGAAUUGGUUUGAAUUAAAAGUAUUUCCACACCAUGUGAGGACGAGGGGGGGUGAAUAAUAUGAAGAGUGUUCACACAAGGACACUUUGGGUGCACAAAUAGAGGCACUAAAGGGUUGUUCAUCAGCCAGGUAGCUAAUGGCCAGUGAAAAGGGGGGCUUGCAUUGAGAUGCCUGGAAUAGAUUCUCUCAAUGGGUUUGAAGGAUAACGAGACAAAAUGCUGCAAAAUAUUUUAUUCCUCUAUUUUAAAACGUAAGAGUAACAUUCAGCAGAACUCCAUGGUAGCUUGAUGCUCAACAGGACGCUCAGGUCCAACAGGUCUUUCUCUUUGAUCAUAACAAAAUCCACACGGUGAUUCUUCCACGUUCUUUUGAAUGUUUUUGCUGCAAAUAUGUAAAAUAAUACAAUGAAAUCUUAUGUUUUAUACUUUUUUUAUACAUAGGCUGAUUAAACCUGUUAUACUUUUACUACAGCAAAAUAACGGAUGGUUGACAUUUUGCACUGUACUCCAUGAUUUAUGGGUUUGUUUUCAGGCUGUCCUGCACAGAGUAACACAAUGUCACAGGACACUGUUCAUGUAAUAUUUGCUUUGGUGUGUCCCAUGUAUAAUAACAUGUACAGUUCUGCUAUUUAUGAACAUUCUGAUUAAAAAAAGGUUAAUGAAG